UGUUUAAUUUUGUAUAAAAUUUACAAUGCUAAGUCGUAAUAAGUUGCGUGAAAUUUUAAUGAAACAGCAUAAAGUUUUUCGAAAAAGCAAUAUAAAACCGUCUAAGAAAUCAAAUGGAAGAGGUAAAAGUACCAAUUUGAAAACUCAAAAUGAGAAAGUCAUAGUUGAGAAUAUAGAGAGCAACGAUACAAAUGCAAUGGAAUUAUUCGGACGACGUACGCCAGUCGAAUAUUUCACUUUAAUAGAGAAGGAUUUGCAUUAUAUUAAACCGAACGAGCAUACGGACUAUAGCAAACUGGAUAUUUUUCAUCGUGCUGUUAGUCCAAUUAUCGUUAUAGGCCAAUGCUUUGCGCUACUGCCAGUUCUCGGCGUGAGGCAUGCAAAUCCGCGUCAAGUGCGUUUUUCAUUCCGAUCCUUCCAGGUGUUGAUCACUCUGAUAUUUUUGGUAGCCAGCUCUACAUUUAAUUUUGCGACAAUAAAACAUUUAGCAAAAAUUGGAAUAGACGCAAAAAAUUUGGUUGGCAUCAUGUUUUUUACAUUCGUCCAAUCGUCAACAGUACUCUUCUUCUCGCUGGCAUAUCGAUGGCCACGUCUUAUUCGCCUUUGGACACGCACUGAAAUGAUUUUCAUACGAAAACCAUACGAAAUACCCAAAUGUAAUUUAUCGACUCGAGUGCGCCGCGCUGCCAUCGCAAUAAUUUCAAUAUCAGCAGUUGAGCAUUCAAUGUAUCUGAUCUCAUCGGGAAUCUCACAAUAUCGCAAGGCACAUAUUUGUGCCGCUGCUCAAAACACCACGAUUCACUUCACCUUCCAAGAGUUCACCUACAGGAAUUAUGACUACGUAUAUGAGUUGCUGCCAAAUACCAGAUUUGUUGGUGGCCUCAUUUUGGUUGUCAAUUUGGUUUCUACUUUCGUGUGGAAUUAUAUGGAUCUCUUCAUAAUGAUGAUAAGUCAAGGCAUCGCAUAUCGUUUCGAACAAAUGAAGAUGCGCAUAAACAGUUUGCUGGACAAGGAAGUACCUGAGACGGUUUACAUGGAGAUCCGCGAGCACUAUAUUAAACUAAUCGAACUACUCGAAUAUGUGGAUGAGGAUAUGUCAGGCAUUAUUUUACUAUCCUGCGCCAAUAAUUUAUAUUUUGUUUGCUACCAAUUGCUGAAUAUAUUCAAUAAACUACGAUGGCCAAUUAAUUAUGUAUACUUUUGGUUUUCGCUUCUCUUCCUAAUUGGACGUACUGCUUUCGUUUUUAUCACAGCAGCAUCCAUCAAUGACCAAGCAAAAGACGCAUUGGGCGUACUGAGGCGAGUACCGGCGAGAACUUGGUGCGUCGAGGUGGAACGAUUAAUAUUUCAAAUGGCAACAACGACGGUGGCAUUAUCUGGCAAAAAAUUCUACUUUCUCACACGGCGUUUACUAUUUGGGAUGGCAGGGACUAUAGUUACCUAUGAGUUGGUGCUGCUGCAAUUCGAUGAACCCAACCGUUCCAAAGGUCUGCCCGAUCUAUCCGAGAAAAGAUUGUCGUCUGAGCCACCACCCGCCUGCCAUGUUCAUAUUUGCGAUUAUAUCCUACGAUCAAAACUUAAACUUUUGCACGUAAUUGUGGCAUUUACAUUUUUGUACUCUGUGCGUGAGAGAGUGCCAGUAAAAGCCGGCAUGUCGCAGCAGUUGCAGGAUCAAACCUUUCACAAAUGUGUUUCCAAAGUACUCUUCAUAUCGCAAUUUUUCGGUUUAUUGCCCGUUUCGAAUCUAACCGCAGCUGAUGUGCAACGCGUUCAUUACAACUGGUUCAGUGUACGCACCCUGUACUCGGCGGUGGUAAUACUGCUAAAUUUCACAGAAUUUGGAACAGUUAUAUUUGCCGUGUUCAAAGCGGGAAUAUCUUUUCACUACUCAGGCACAAUAUCCUUGUUCGUGGUAUGCUUGCUGGAGCAUAUCUACUUUUGGCGUUUAGCUACAAAGUGGCCGUUCAUCAUACGCGAAUGGCGUCGCACUGAGGAGAUAUUCCUCCGUACACCUUAUCGAAUUUAUGCGACUUAUAAUAUGAAGGCGCGCAUUUACGCAUUAAGUUUUAUGGUUAUGUGCAGCGCACUCGUGGAGCAUUGCUUUCUUGUGUUCAAUUCCUUUCAUAAAAGCAAUUUAGAGCGUAUCCAAUGCAAGUUUAACGUUAGCUUCUGGGAGAGUCUCUACAGGCGGGAGAGACCUCAUUUAAGUAAAUUUUUGCCGUUUAAUAUUUGGUAUUUGCCUGUAAUGGAGUGGAUCAAUUUAACGCUGGCUUACCCAAGGUCGUUUACUGAUGCCUUUAUCAUUUGCGUUAGCAUUGGCUUGGCAGCACGUUUUCAUCAGCUCCAUCAACGUAUCGAAGCGGUCCAUAAUAAGACACUUCCAAUGCUGUUUUGGACCGAAGUUCGUGAACAUUUUCUGGAGUUGCUGCAUCUUAUGGAAUUAGUCAACGACAACAUAGCGCCAUUGAUACUAUUGGCAUGCAGCAAUAAUAUGUAUUUUAUUUGCUUUCAGCUAUUCAACAGUUUUCAGAAUAUUGGCGUUGAUCUGAUUGCUGUAAUCGCCUUUUGGUAUUCCCUGUUCUUUGCCAUUUCUCGUACUGCUCUCACACUUUUUAUAGCUUCUUCUAUAAAUGACUACGGUAAACGUAUAUUAGUGACUCUGCGUAGUGUGCCGAGCACGUCGUGGUGUGCUGAGGCACAACGGUUCAGCGAGCAGUUAGCCUUCGAUUUAACGGCCUGGUCUGGAUGUGGUUUCUUCUAUAUAACGCGACAAUUAAUUUUAGCGAUGGCUAGCACAAUCUUCACGUAUGAGGUGAUGGUUGCAGAUGUCAUCAAUAAAGGGUCCAUUCAGCAGAUAACAAAUUAUUGCAAGCAGAUUGAGUACGAGCAUGAAAAUGAUACCAUGCAACAGCUGAAGUCCAAAGAAUAUCUACAGCCACAAAAGCCAAAGGGCCACAGGGAGGAGCAGCAUAAUGAUGCCCCGCUAGAGAGCACGAAUACCAUGCAUCAUGCGUUGUCACCGUUUAUGAUGAUCUCAAAUUUACUGGCAACGUUGCCUGUCAGUGGCGCAUCGUCCAUAUCAAAUGUCGAACACGUCCACUUCAGCUGGUUGACGCCAAUUUCACUUCUCUCCCUUUUGAUGAUAUGCUUUUCGCUCAUGGAUGUGGUGCUAUCGACGAAGGUUGUAUUGAAGUUGGGCUUGAAAUUGUAUACAGUUGGUCCUUUCAGUUUCAGCAUCAUAUCGGUUUUGAGUGUGAGUAGCUUUUUACAACUCGCUCGUAAAUGGCCAAAUCUGAUAAAACACAUGCAUCGCAGCGAGCAGGUAUUUUUACAUAAGCCCUAUGGCAAUGGAGAAUCGCAAAAUUUCAGUCGCAAUGUGCGGAGGUUUGGCGCAAUUUUACUGCUUGGUGCUGCAGUGGAACAUUCGGUGUACAUUGGAACUGCAAUUUACAAUAACGAUUUCCAAAUCAAGAAAUGCAACCUAAAGGAGGAUUUUUGGAAAAACUACUUCAUGCGGGAGCGCUUGCAGAUAUUUUCGAUAUUUAGUUAUCAAGUUUGGUUAAUACCCUUAGUGGAGUGGAUUACAAUAUCGUCUACUUUUGCCUGGAACUAUGUGGAUAUAUUUCUAAGCAUGAUUUUUCGCUGCUUUGCGAUACGUUUUCGACAGAUGCAUUGGAGAAUUAAGAGACAUGUGAAAGAGCAUAUGAACGAGGACUUCUGGAGGGAGGUGCGUAAUGACUUUAUGUCUCUUGUCGAUUUGUUGCGUCUGUACGAUGAUGGAUUGUCUAUGUUGAUACUCGUGUCGUGUUGCAAUAAUUUGUACUUCAUAUGUGUACAAAUUUUUCACAGUUUCAACAAUCGAGACAACUUUAUGAAAGAGUUUUACUUUUGGUUCUCAUUAAUUUUCGUGUUGGUACGCAUCUUAACAAUGAUGAUUUCAGCUGAUGCGGUGUACGAUGAAGCGAAUCAAAUAAUGUCGACGAUGUAUGAAAUACCGACACGAUUCUGGAGCCUAGAACUCAAACGUUUAAAUGAAAUCAUCAUACACGAUUUGAUUGCUUUUAGUGGUAAGAAUUUUUUCUUUCUGACGCGUCGACUCAUAUUUGGGAUGGCUGGCACUAUUAUUGUGUACGAAUUGGUGCUAAUCGAUCAGGUGGAGGAUAAGGAUGUGGUUACAGAUUUUUGUACAUCCCGCAAUGUUUGAUGAUUUCCGGAGCGAGAAAAAAAUAUAAUCAUAGGGAUAUGAAAGGAUACC